CAAAAGCAAGAGAAAAGUAAAGAAGGAAAGGGAAAACAUAAAGGAGGAGGAAAAAAUAAUAAAGGAAAGCUAAUAAGAGUAAUAAAGAAAAAGGAGGGAUAGAAAGACAAAGGUUCUCAAAACUCCAUCAUUCAAAAUUCUCUUUCUUCUCUCUUUCUCUCUCUCUCUCUCUCUCUCUCCUCCUCCUCCUCCAAGUAUAGCUACCCUUUUAUGUAUCUUUCCUCUACUUAAUCAAGAGUAAGAAAGACCUCUCAAAGUUUCUCCAAAAAAAAAAAAAAAAAAAACAAGACUUGAGGAAAAAAUAUUAUUGGAAAGAAGAAGAUAUGAAAUAAAUAAGAAAGAGAAAGUUAGCUAAGUUUGGAAAGAAAAUGAAUAGAGGUGAUGUUAUGGAGAAAUCACCAGUACAACAAAUUAUGGGUGGAAGCCCUAACUGGUGGAACAUGAUGAAUAAUAUGAGGCCUCCCAUAUCAUCAUCUCAACAAGCUGUUACUGCUGCUGCUACUACUCAUCAUGUUCCUUCCUUGUUGCCUCCUAAUAAUCAUUUUCCUCAUUUCUCUUCUUCACUAAUUCCCAUGUCAUCUACUGCUGCUUCAUGGAAUGAUAGUAACCAAAAUCAGCUACCUGAAUCGUGGAGCCAAUUACUUGUAGGUGGGUUGGUGGGAGAAGAAGACAAGUCAGUACAUAUGCAGGUGAAGAAAUUGGAGAACAAUUGGGAUGAACAGACGUUCCUGAACCAACCUGAUUCUGUUAUAGACGUUAACCAAAAGGAUGUCGGAAAUAGCUAUAAUAUGUAUGAAGAUGGAAAUAAUGUGGAGUUCCAUCACCAAACUGCAGAAUUAGCUGCUAAACCAACUUGGUCAGCACAGAUGAUACCAGUCUCAUCUCCCAAGUCUUGUGUUACAACUUUGAGCAGCAACAUGCUUGAUUUUUCUAACAAAAACUCACACCCAACUCCAGAUCAUUCAUCUGAGUGCAACAGCAGAGCACCAAAUAAGAAGGCUAGGGUUCAACCAUCUUCAACUCAGUCCACCUUCAAGGUGAGAAAGGAAAAAUUAGGGGACAGAAUAACAGCUCUUCACCAACUUGUCUCCCCAUUUGGGAAGACUGACACAGCUUCUGUCCUGUUAGAAGCAAUUGGGUACGUCAGAUUCCUGCAGAGCCAAAUUGAGGCCCUUAGCUUGCCUUACCUAGGUAGUGGAUCAGGAAAUAUGAGGCGCCAGCAAUCUGUUCAUGAGAGAAAUAGUUUAUUUCCCGAAGACCCUGGUCAGCUAUCCAAUGACAACUGCCUGAAAAGGAAGGCAAAUAGUGAGCAGGAUUAUCAAGAAGAAGAGAAAAAGGAUCUGCGGAGUAGAGGUUUGUGUCUAGUUCCGCUAUCAUGCACACUGCAAGUUGGGAGUGACAAUGGAGCAGAUUACUGGGCUCCCGCAUUCGGAGGAGGUUUCCGGUGAAUGGUCACAUUAAUUUAACAAGAUAAAAAAAACCAAGUUAAGUGCUAGCUAGCUAUAACAUCAUGAUCACUCAAUCUGCCAAAAGUCUAAGGUUGAUUGCUUAUGAUGCUAUACAUUUUCUGCUGUAAUAUUAUUUAGUCAUGCUUUCAAUUUCUCUUUACAACUUAGUAACUAUGCUAUGCUUUUUCCCCUUUCGUUCGGCAACUACUCGUACAAUGUAUAUGCCAUUCCUCUACCAUAAGUAUUCAUUUUUGUGCUCA